AUGAUUACAUAUUUGUGUUCUAAAAUUGAACAUUCAAUGUUUAGAUGAAAUUGAGUAUUAGUAUUAAUUUAAUGUUUCUCAUUCGAUUUAGUUUUCCAGAUUUCUCCAAUUCCUAACAAUGGUUUUAAUACUGAAACUUAAUUUGCUGUGGGCGGCAAUUGUUACUUUGUCAAUAUCAUCACCGUUAUUACAGAACACAGCAUCCGUUGAAACCCGGAGUGUCAAUAGUCAUGAUUAUAUGAAUGAUGAGGGGUGGGACAACUCAGAAAGAUAUAAUAGUACGACAAAUCCACCCAAUGCUGUUACACAAAUGAUAGUAUCAAGAACGGGGUACUUCCUUCGAAUUGGUCCCGAUGGACUGGUUAGCGGUACAAGUAACUGUAGAGACGAAUAUGUGCAAAUGACAACAUUUGGUGUUGGCCCUAGUUUGUUCGUCAUCCGGGGUUCUGAAUCUGGACUUUAUUUAUCGAUGGAUGGAAAUGGCAGGAUAUCAGCAAGAAAAGUGAGUCGUAAACACAUCUAUUACAAGGACAUUCUGAAGGCUAUGAGAAUGUUCCCAUCACAAGAUCGACUAAAGUAG